CACACAUUUCCCUUGUGUGUGCCCUUGCUUUGCGCGAUCUUCAAUCUGUCUCAGUGCGCGGUGCCUUUUUUGCGACAUUAUACUGCCUCCCGUCUCCGUUACCUACCUAGGUACUUGCUAUGCCAUCGCUAUAGCAAACGGCUCCAGCAUCAACACCAAGUAAUCUUAUUGUCGACCACCACUCCUCCCUCCCAGCCUGCUACCUAGCCACGCCCAACCGUCCAUCACCACCAUGGCGUCGGAGGAACCGGUGCAUCCUCUCCGCCUUUCCAAGAGCAACACUAUGCCUAACCCGUCCAAGACGCAGAGUGCUAUCCCUCGGCCGCUAUCCGAGAUCUCGCCCACGGAACAGAGGAGGAAUUCGCCCGGUUCCAGCCAGGCACAGGCAAAGUCCAAGAUAUCGCCUCUAAAUACCGAUUCCUCCCCCUUCCCGUCGUCUCCCAUGUCGCCCAUGGAUAACGCGACCUCCCCGCAUGCAUUUUGGCGAACCCGUUUCAACUCUGAGAACAGUCUCGAUAGUCGCACCGGAUCCCCUUCGCCUGUCCGUCGCUCCUCUAUCGAACGUCUGCAGAAGGCGUCCCGCGUUAAGAACAGCAACAUUCUCGCCUCCGAAAUCAAGCCGGGCCAGGAACCCCCUCGCCCCCCAGUCGAACGUCCGCUGUCCAAGGUCCAGGGAAACGCAUUUGGUGGUAUGGGAUUCAGCGGUUUCCGGGGCCAUGGGAGAAGCCAAAGUAGCACCAGCAUCCCCAUCUUGAGCCCCCCUCUUCGGCCUACCGCGCCUCCAGUCACCCUGCCUGCUCAGACUCGCCCGGAAACACCGAAUAGGGAUAAGGAGCAAGGAAGCCAGAGCCUGUCUACCUCGCCCAUGAAGUCAUCGCUCUCAAGCCGAUUCAAGAGCAGUUUUGACCACGAAACCGGCACAUGGACGACAGACGAAAACGGCCUUGAACUCCCAACCGGCAGAGCGCUUCACCGCCAUGCAAAGAGUGUCACUUUUGAUGCCGCUCCGCCCCAAGUGAACGAGUACGAGAUGGCAACCCCGGAUCUAUCCUCGAUUGGCAGUAAUUCCAGAGAGGGGAGCUACGAUUCGGAGGAAGACGAGGACGACGAUGAUCAUUACAUGUUGCACGAUGGUGAUCAUAGCGAGAGCGGGGACAGCUUUGAUGCCUCGCUCGAGGACACAGACAAGACCCCCGUUGUUGGCCCAGAGGACUGGAGGCAGGGCGAAAAUGACGACCCAUUCUCAAGAAGUGUCGGCUCGGAGGGUACUUCGAAUGGUGACCACAGACCAUUGCCACCACUUCCUGGACAGUCAAGCAGGAGCGAUUCUGCCUCUCCCAACGCCCUUUCUCCUGUAAGGAGCCUCCCCACUCCUCCACCAGCUCCCUUGACCAAGGCGGAUAUGCAAAAUAUCGGCACUGGCAAGAUGUCUCUCGAGGAGCGCCUCAAACUCAUGAUGCUUUCCGAUGACGGAAAACACGCUGCUGAGCAGCAGCGGGAGCGUCGCAUGCGUCGUGCUGGCACCCACAACCGCGGCGAGGGCCAUAAUUCUGAACGGGAGCCACUGAGCAGCCCUCUUUCGCAUCCUGAGGAGGAUGAGGAGGAAAACGAUACCAUUGGAGAUCUUGAAGACUACCAACUGCCACCGCGUAUCUCGCGCGAAUCGAUUCUGCGUCGGGUUAACGGUAACGGUGAACGAGAGUCGGAUUAUACCUUCUCUGACCCUCCAACCCUGUCUCCCCCUAGGCAAUCAGCAGCCUACGACCCGGAUGUGCCAAUUCCUAGCACCGAGGACGACGACUCGGACAUCAGCGAUGAAACCGACAGCGAGGAAGAAGGAAGCGUUAUCAUCAAACGCCCACACCAUGAUUACGACAGUGAAGACGACUAUUCGGUUGCGGAUACGUACGAUCAUACCGAGACUGUCGACAGCGAGGGGGAUGCAUCUGAGAUACACCAUGACGAUGAGACUGAAAGCCAGUUUUCUGUUGCCACAGAUCCCGAGAAGGAUGAUCAUGAGGAUGAUCAGGUGUCCACCCCGAGGGCGUCAUUUACCCCUGCAAUUGACCCGCCCGCGGUAAGAGAUAUCUCUUCCUCCAGCAUGAGCGGCUCUCUGGAGCUUCCCAAAGAAAACAAGGAUGGAGACUUCGCCGAGGGCUUGGAGUCAUUCAUGAGCAAACCUGCUGAGCCGGAGAAGGAAAAGGAGGCUGAACAAGUCGCUGAGCCUGAAAAGGGCAAAGAAACUGAGAAGCAGGCCGUGCCGGAAAUCCACAUCGAACAGAGACCAGAGACGCCCAAGAUGAAGAAGGUGCUGUCAAAGCCUGAGUAUGAUGGUUCGGGUUGGGGAGAGCCUGAUGAGGAAGAUGAGUACGAGGAAGAGCCAGGUACCCCAGAGUCUGUGAUCCACCGCCCCAUGCCCGACAGUGAUGAAGAAGAAGAAGCUCGCGCAUCGCCCGCCAUCCCGGAACAAGUUGCGACCAUCAAGUCGGCGUCUGGUUCCAAGUUGAAGACUCGGCCGUCGGCGACACCUGCCGACAUUGAAAGCAUGCGUGAGGCUCGUCGCCACGUUAGCCGUGAAGUCCCAGCCAUCCCUCAGGUUCCAGAACGCCACCGUAGCCGUAUCUCGAAGGACAUGGAGCCUGGACUCUUGAGAGCCUCGGCUGAUGAUUACAUGAUGCGCCAUCCCAGCUUUAAGAACCGCAGCCUCACCCUAGAUAUCGAUGUGGGCCUCAGCCUCGAAAGUGAUUUCGAAAGGGUGAUCGAAGCGCAAAAGCGCGGUUAUCUUAUGCGACAGAACACCAAAAUGGUUACUGCCAGUGAUAAGGAUGGCGACGAUUCUCGUAACGGCUACCGAUCCGCGGGCGGCUCACCCGUCAAGGCGAAUCGUCCUCAAUCGUGGACAGUGGAGCCUUGGAAUCCUCAACCGAGAAAGAGGAGUCUUAAGAAGCGACCCAGCACCACCGGGCCAGUGCCACCACUUCCUGGCCAGGAGAGUAAUGCCAUAGCAACUACCUCAACAACCGAAGACGACCUCAAUGCUGGUAUGGAGGGUCCAGAGAGCGGGGAGAGAGGUCGUUUGUUCGUCAAGGUAAUGGGCGUGAAAGAUCUUGAUCUGCCCAUUCCAAAGAACGAACGGACUUGGUUUGCCUUGACCUUGGACAACGGCGUUCACUGUGUUACGACGGCUUGGCUGGAGCUUGCCAGAAAUGCACCCAUCGGACAGGAGUUCGAACUUGUCGUACCAAACGACCUGGAAUUCCAGUUGACUCUCAAUGUCAAACUGGAGAAGCCCGCCCCGGUUAAGCAAAAGGUGAUACCAUCUCCUGCCAAGAUUACCAAGGCCAAGACGUCGACCUUCAGCAGAGUGUUUGCUUCACCCAAGAAGCGGCGCGAAAUGGAGAUGCGACAGAAGGAAGAGGAAGAACGCCUGGCGCAACAGCAGCGUGAAGCCGCUGCCCGGCAAAUGAAGACUCAGCCCACCGCAUGGGACCUUCUCUCGCCCUUGGCCGCCGAAGACGGAAGCUUCGCUCGUUCGUAUGUCAACCUUAAGGAGCACGAAUCCCGCUGUUUCGGACGCCCAUAUACAGUGGACGUUGCAGCCUUCAACGAGUGGGCUACCGAAGAGGCCAGUUUCGCCUCAAGCGUGAAGAGCAAGCGCGCUAGUACCGGGCCUCUUCGCCGUGCGCCGUAUAAGAUCGGAAAGCUGGAACUCCAGCUCCUUUUCGUACCUCGCCCCAAGGGAGCGACCGAUGAGGAUAUGCCUAAGAGCAUGAACUCGUGCAUUCGCGAGAUGAAGGCUGCUGAGGAGCGCCUGGCCCAAUCCUGGGAAGGUGUCCUCAGCCAGCAGGGUGGAGAUUGCCCGUACUGGCGUCGCCGUUACUUCAAGUUGGUUGGUACUAAGCUGACCGCCUAUCACGAGGCAACUCGACAGCCACGAGCAACCAUCAACCUCGCGAAUGCCAAGCGGCUCAUCGAUGAUCGUCGAGCCCUCAUGGAAAAGGAAAUCACCGGGAAGAACGGCAAGCGCCGUCGUUCUGCGUUCGCUGAGGACGAAGAAGGUUAUAUGUUUGUCGAAGAAGGGUUCCGGAUUCGCUUCAAUAACGGCGAGUUGAUCGACUUCUACGCCGACAGCACUGAGGAGAAGGAGGGCUGGAUGAAGGUUCUUGGCGAAAUCAUUGGUCGUGACACCAUUCUUGCUUCGGAUGACGAUACGGUAACGGGCACCCCGUCCAAGUUGAAGGGCAAGUGGUGCGAGUUGGUGCUCAAGAGAGAGGAGACGAUCCGCAAGCGUGCCGAGGGCCGACGGGUGCACUCAAGAACGAAGAGCAGUCUUGUAUAAGUCGGGCUGGCUCGCGUUCGCGCCAUACAAUUAUUAUAAUGUUGAGUCACGAGAACAUGUUGUGAAGAGAUAUGAGAAGAUGGAAAAAAAACAGAUGAUGCUUGGGAAGAGGUGCGUUUUGGGGUG